AUGUGGGGACGAUUCCUGUCCUUGGAGCCCGGUGGCCCCAGCGGAGUCCGCAGCUACCCUUCGGGCCAAGAUUACUCCUCUUCAGCAUGGUUAUCUGGUACUGAGUCUUUAUGGCAGGCCACAACUGUUCCAUCAAACGCUCGGAGUAGCCACACUCGAAGACAUAGCAUAGCUUCUGAUAGUGGAGAUACUGGCAUUGGAACCUCCUGUUCUGACAGUGUGGAAGAUCAUUCUACUUCAAGUGGUAUAACAUCAUUCAAGUUCAGCCGCUCACUAAUAACUAUUCCCACUGCACAUGUGAUGCCGUCUCAUUCCAGUUCUUCAAUUUCCAAACACAGGGAAGGACUGACAUCGGAUGGGCCAAAAUGGAGUACAAGUUUCAUACGAACAAUGGGAACUCGAAAUCGAGGAGACCUGGAGUCUUCACUUGACAUGAAGGACAUACGACCUAUACGAAAAUGGUCAUCUUUGUCUAAACUCAGUGGCCCAGAUAAUUGUGGCCAAAAUGGCACUGUUCGAUCUGAGGAAUCCAGGAUGGGUUUAGAUAAAUUAGAGAGAGAGAGGGCUUUAUCACAGCUAAGGGGAAAUGGUCCCAGCUGCUUACAUGAUAGCAUGGAGAUGCUUCAACUAGAGGACAAGGAAAUGAAUAAAAUACGAUCUUCAACUUUGGACUGUAAAUACAAGUUUGAGAGCUGUAACAAAGAGGACUUGGGAAUCUCUCCUGCUCAUAGGAGACAUGCCUUAGACAAGACAUACAGUGCCUUACCCGAAAGCAAGUCCUCUAUGUCUAAUCCAGAGCCUUAUGAACAAAAAUAUCUAAUGCUGGGCCAGCAGGCUAUGGGUGGAAUUCCUAUUCAGCCCUCUAUUAGGACUCAGAUGUGGCUAACAGAUCAAUUACAUGCAAAUCCUCCAGACUGUAGGCCUAUUGAGGAUGCCUUCACCUUAGCUCCUUGGCAACAGCAACAGCUCGAAGACUUAAGAAAUGGGAGUGAGUCAGCCCCGCAGAUUUUGACUGCAGCUCAUCAAAAUUAUUCAUCUCCUGGCUAUCAUGAUUUCAACAGAUGGGAAUCUUUAUUGAAAAUCAAAGAAGGAUUGCUAAGGCAGAAGGAAAUUGUAAUUGACAGACAAAAACAACAAAUUUCCAAUCUACAUCAGAGGAUCAGGGAUAAUGAAUUGCGAGCGCAACAUGCCAUAUUGGGUCAUUAUGUAAAUUGCGAGGAUUCUUAUGUUGCAGGUUUACAGCAACCACAAUACGAAAAUGUUUCACAUCAGACUCAAUUUCCUGACCGAUCAAUAGCCAACCCUGAACAUGGGGAACUUGAACAAAAGCUUGCAUCUGCUGAGAAAGAGCUUCUGCAACUCAAUGAGUUUCUCAAGCAAAGUGCAAGUAAAUCUAAUGAAGAGAAGAAGAAACUGGAAGAGAAGCUUAAAACCAGAGAUAGAUAUAUUAGUAGCCUGAAGAAGAAAUGUCAGAAGGAGUCUGAACAAAACAAAGAGAAACAAAGACGAAUUGAGACCUUGGAAAAGUACUUGGCUGACCUGCCAACUCUGGAUGAUGUGCAGAACCAGGGCCAGCAGCUCCAGAUCCUAGAGGGAAAAAACAAGAACUUAGAAGAUACUAUAAAAGACUUGGAGAAAAAACUUGGAGAGAUCAGAACUCAGUAUGAAGAGAAAGAAGUGCAGCUCACCUGUCAGCGGAAGAAAGAAAAAGAAUUGGUUACCACUGUUCAAAGUUUACAACAGAAAGUUGAAAGAUGUCUUGAAGAUGGUAUCCGGCUCCCCAUACUAGAUGCAAAACAACUUCAGGAUGAAAAUGAGCAACUCAAAGAACAAAAUGAGAAUGCCAAUAAGGUAAUAGCCAGCCAGCAAAAUAAGAUUGACACUAUGUUGUUAGAAAUUCAGUCUGCUCAACAGAAACUUUGUCAAGAGAAACUGACAACUGAGAAAAUGGAGGGAAAGCUAGCAGAAAGUGAAAAGACUAUAUUGAAGUUAUCAGAAACUUUACUUGAUAACCAAAGAAAAAUUGAAGAGUAUUCUCCUUUAUUAGAAGAAAAACAAGAAAAACGCCAACCAUCUGAAUUUUCGCUAUUGAAUUCGCCGCGCAUGUUUGACCAGUUGUUCAAGGAAAUGUCCCAUUGUUUGUUUGACCUGAAAGCAUUGUGCAAUAUUCUUACUCAGAGAGCUCAGGGCAAGGAGCCUAAUCUUUCAUUAUUGCUGGGAAUCAGAUCCCUGAGCUCUUCAGCUGAAGAGAGUGAAAAGGAGUACAGUCCGGAAUCACUAACCGAAAAACUAUCAGAUAUGUGCCAGUUACGGAAGGAGAUCGAUGAAUUAAGGACUUUGAUAUCAGAUAGCUAUGCUCAGGACAUGGGAGACAACUGCAUUACUCAAUGAUAAAGUGAUUAGUCCCACAGCAAUAAUGAUUCAUUGCUUAAUGCUGCUGUGUUACUAUUCUUCAUCUUUCUGUUCAGGAGUCAUAUUGGAAGAUUGCAUUUCUUUUUGGCCUACAUAUGGAUUUAUCUGGUAUUCUUAGAUUUUUGGGUAGGGAAGGAUGGGGCUAGGAAUAAUUUUCAGUGGAACUUAUUGAAUCACUCAGUGGAACUUAUUGAAUCACCCCUCCCCCCCCCAAAAAAAAAAAACAAAAAAAAAAAACAAAAAACAAACAAACACAACUCUUUAAAAAAGAUCCAUGACUCAAAUCACCAUUUGAAAAGUAUGGUAAAGUCUAGAAGAAAAAUAUCUCUAUUCAAACUACUGAUUAUAGGACCAAGCUGUGAAGAGUGCUAUUCAGAUAAAGAAGUAGGGUUUUUUGUUGUUUUUUUUUCUCUUUAAGCCCCAUAAGCAUUUUAAAGUUUAUCAAGGUUUUGAGAGUUAGAGCAAAAGUUUCAAGGAAGGUAAUGAUUGUAUCUGCAUUUAUUAUUCCUUCAAGUUGAAGUUUGUAUUGCACAUUUAGGAUGCUCAAGGACUGAGCAAAGCAAGGUUUACAACAUCUGAAAGGGGUAGAGGGGCAUGGAAGAUGAAUUAGAACAAUCAUGCUGUUAAAAGAUGCUGUUUUAGGGGUUAGAAUUAUAGUGGUAUCUAGACAAGUGAACUACUUUUUAGUAUGCUUUCAAGCUACCUAGUAAAAUUGGAAAAGUUUGAUAUGAUAAAAAUACUUCUUCAUCACCAUCAUGAGUGAGUUUUCUAGCAUUUUGUAUUCUUUUCCAGCAAAGGGAAUAUUUAACUUUAGUUUGUGCUGGUAUCUUUACACAGUAUAGUUCAUCUUUUCUUUGGGAAGGCUGGGAUGGGGGUAAUAUGUUAUGUAUCUGAAAAGAAUAUAAAGCUUUUUUUAUAGUUAAGAAUCCAUAAAAGCUGCA